AAUCCAUCCGACCUGACCAAGCAUCCUCCUCCAUCUCUUACCCCCCUCAGUUUAUCUAGUCUUUUUCGGUUGGAUCCAGACAGUUGGACACACCCACUACAUAGCUAAGCCCUACUAUUGAAAGAAGGGACGCAACCGUCGCCGCUUUUGUCCCAUCUUCAACUUCAGUUCCCCGCCCCGCAACCCGCCAGUCUCUCAAACCAUGAGCUCUCAUGUCGUGGUCCUAGACUCAACAGCCCGGAGGGCAACAGUCAAGACGACCCCGGGCAAGCACUUGACUGAUAUUCUACAGGAAGCUUGCAAAAAGCUAGGUGUGGAGGCCAGCCAACAUGGACUAAAAUACAAAGGUAAAGAACUCGAUCUCUCACUGGUGUUUCGCCUCUCGGGACUUACGCCCGGCGCAAAGCUGGAGUUGGUUCAACUCUCCCGGUCGCCCUCCGUCGUCACCGUCGCUUUACAACUGCCCGAAUCGGAAGCACGAGGGGCACCCCCCAACAGACGUCUUUUGGAUAAGUUCCCCAGUACGACGACGAUAUGGCUGCUUUUGCGCAAAUUCGAAGCUGGAGUCGCGGGAGGUGCCUCGGCUCGGAAUUUGACAGGACGAGGUGUGCCUAGUGGUAAUGAGGGAGCCGGAAGACUGUACUACGAGACACCUGUGGUCCAGAUUAUGGAGCGAGAGCUCUCCUCAUUCUCCGAUCUACAGAAAUCGUUGGCGCAGCUGGGAUUCAACAGCGGAAAUGUACUGCUGAGACUGAGUUUCCGGCGCACGGAGGAACCAUUGGAGGAGGCGAUGGCCAAGAUUCAAGACUACUUCAGACCUUUCGACGACGAGACUCCCAAGACCGAAGCAUCGCCUGCACCUACAGAGCAACCACCCCAAGCCGACCCAUCCAAUAAAGCAGAGGAGCCACAGCAACAGCCAGUCUCUUCGGACGAGUCCCCUUCGAUUUCGGAACAAGCCAUUCCAGCAGCCCCUACAUCUACUGCACCUGCCGCCGAACCUACCGAGGUACCAGCUGGUUUCUCUCGACCUGUAACAGUGUUCUCUCCUCCGUCCAACGCUACACCCCAGUCCGCACAAACCACAUACAACGAGACCGACUAUGUCCCAUCCAUCGAACACGCACAAGCACAUCAGCGACGGCUGAACGCAACCUCCCGCCCCCAGCGACUUCCCACGGACGCCGAACUCGCCGCCAAAGCAGCCGCAGAGGAGGAACGGCUCGCCGCGGUUAAGGAAGUAGAUGUGAAGGUCCGUCUACCGGACCAGAGCCAAGUGGUGGCAAAGUUCGGACAAGAGGACACGGGUAAAACACUCUACGACUUUGUCCGGAACUGUCUUGCGGCGCCAAUCGCCAACGAGAAAUUCAACAUCACAUCCUCACUCUCCGGGGCUGCAGGAUCCAGCGGACAUGGGCGGAAUAUCCAAAACAUCGUCCCCGAUUCCGACCAACAUCUCUUGAUCAAGGAUCUAUCCAUGAUCGGCCGGGUGUUGGUCAACUUCGCCUGGGAUCCGACUGCAUCUCCGACCGCCCGACAGAGCCGUGAGCUCUUGAAACCCGCCCUGCAGACGCGCGCGCAGGAACUCAAAGUAGAACAGCCCCGGGACGUGAUAGAUACUUCCGAGGAUGUGAUCAAACCAAAGCCGACAGGCACUGGGGACGGGUCACGCGGAGAGAAGCGGAAACCGGGCGGAAUGCCUAAAUGGUUGAAACUGCCCGGCAAGAAAUAAAUUUUAGAUAGCUAGGACGUAUGAAUGAUAUGAACCCAAUCUACUGCAGGG